AUGGUAUUUCUUAUGGAGACCAAGUUGCUUACGGAAGAGUGGCUGCCGAUUUUAGGGCAGUGUGGUUUUAAUAACUUUGUUGAUGUGGAUUGUGAUGUUACGUCUGGUGGUCGUCGUGGUGGACUAUGUUUGUUGUGGGCUGAUGAUGUUCUCAUUUUGGUUAACUCUUCUUCGCUUCAUCAUAUUCAUGCUACGGUUUCUGUCUCUACGCAUAAUUCUUGGGAUUUUUGUGGGAUUUAUGGUUGGAGUAAUACGGAGGAACAUGUUCUUACGUGGGAGUUAUUGAAAGAUCUGCAUUCUCGAAUAAUGGGUAAAUGGAUGUGUGGAGGGGAUUUCAAUGAGACCAUACUCAGCGCCUUCAGGGACGUGAUUCAUGAAUGCGGACUUGAAGAUCUUGGCUUCUCGGGUAUUCCUUAUACUUGGACCAACAAUCAGAAGGGUGAAGACAAUAUCAUGGAGAGACUUGACAGGCUGUGGGACUUGGGGGCAGCUGUCUCUACGGUGGAAGAUUUACAUCAGAAAAUUCAAGCCAUGGGUCCAGAGUUAAAAAUUUGGGAAAAAAGAGAGUUUGGUCACAUAAAAAAAAGAUGUGGUGCUAUAAGGGAGCAAUUGGCUGAUCUUCAGCAACCCCAUAGGGAGCCUCAUACAAAGACGGAACAACGUGCCCUUGAGAAUGAACUUGAUGAUCUUUUACAGAAAGAAGAAAUUAUGUGGAGACAAAGGUCUCGUGCUGUAUGGAUGGCUGAGGGGGAUAGGAACUUUGGUUUUUUUCAUAAAGUGGCAGAAGGUCGUAAGAAGAGGAAUUAA